AGCACACGGCGGCUACAUCCGGGUACUCUGCUCGAUAUAUACAACAAGCCCUGCGAAGAUGGCGACUUCAGGGAGGAGUGCAUUAUUAUCCUCCACCUCAACUGGACCCAAAAGCACACUGGAUAACUCCAACCAGGAGGACGAUGACGGACAGGACUUAUGGUCCACCAUCCUGAGUGAAGUGUCCACCCAUUCAAGAUCUAAGCUACCGUCGGGGAGAAAUGUCCUGGUCAUGGGUGAGGUGGGUUCGGGGAAGACCGCCUUGGUUGCGAAGCUGCAGGGGGUGGAAGAGUUCAUGAAAGGGCGUGGCCUGGAAUACCUCUACUUCAGUGUCCAUGACGACGACAUUGAUGACCAAACUAGGUGUAAUGCCUGGGUGUUAGACGGAGACCUUUACCACAAAGGUCUGCAGGGAGUAGCUGUGCCAGUGGACUCGAUCGGCAACACGUUGCUGCUGAUAACGGUUGAUAUGUCGCGGCCAUGGAACGCCCUGGACUCUCUCCAGAAGUGGGCGGCCGUUGCUAGGGAACACAUUGACAAACUCCGGGUCGCCCCGGAAACACUGCGGGAGCUGGAGCACAGACUUGUAAAACAGUUCCAGGAGUACACAGAGCCCGGCAGUGGAGAGGAUGGCACCCAACAGAGGAGGAGCGAUGAGGAGGAGAGUGUGCUGCUGCCGUUAGGAGACAACACACUCACACACAACCUGGGAAUACCAAUGGUGGUGGUCUGCACCAAGUGUGACGCCAUCAGCACAUUGGAGAAGGAGCACGACUACAGAGACGAACACCUGGACCUCAUCCAGUCUCACAUCAGACGUUUCUGUCUGCAGUACGGGGCAUCUCUGGUUUACACAUCAGUGAAGGAGAUGAAAAACCUGGACAUCCUGUACAAAUAUCUGGUCCACCGACUCUACGGCUUUGCCUUCCAUUGCCCCGCACAAGUGGUGGAAAAAGAUGCCGUCUUCAUUCCGUCAGGUUGGGACAAUGAGAAGAAGAUUGCCAUACUUCACGAGAACUUCCAGACAGUAAAAGCAGACGACAGCUUCGAGGAAGUAAUAGUCAAACCGCCAGUCAGAAAGAUUGUACAUGAAAAGGAGAUUCAGGCAGAAGAUGACCAAGUGUUUCUGGUAAAACUCCAGUCGCUGCUCGCCAAACAGCCCGCUGUGACAGCAGGGCGACCAGUGGACACCACCAGUAGAGCACCCACCGGCUCACCCAGGACAAGUAAUCGCUCCGCAGCGGCCAACGUAGCAAACGCAAUGCCACAGUCGGGUCAGACCAAUGAAGGCGUGUUGGCCAACUUCUUCAACAGUCUACUGACAAAGAAAGCUGGGACAGGGGGGCCCGGGACGCCAGGUGGCGGUAACAACACUCCAGGGACAGUACGCAAGUCAGGUUCGAAGCUGGGCCUGAGCGACGUACAGGCAGAGCUGGACCGCAUAUCCAGCAGGGAGACUGACUCUGACUUGCCCAAUGCCAACGACGCCCCUGCCACCGACGGCCAGGACACAUGAAGACCAACACACUCCACCCUGCUCUCCUUCUCCCCACCCCCCACCCCAACCCUUUCCACCUCAGACAUCUUCCACCUCCCUUGUUCUUCCUCCCUCUACUCCAUUACAGAGAUGCGGUGAGAAAGAGGGAUGUGGGCCACACUACUUUUCCACUCCAUCGUCCUUCACUUUCUCCUCAAGGAGAAGAACUCCCCCUCUCUUCCACUACCGCUUUUCAUGCACCCCCCCCCCCCCCCCCCCCCCUCCUCUCCCCCUGGCUGUUGCGCUAAGGGCAAGCAUUUGUCACUGUUACAUACAAGACUGUCUGUUACAUGAGAGUAAAUGGGUAUGGGGGACCAGUUGGGGUAAGGAGGUCGGGAUGAAAGAAAGUGAGAGGUGGGUUGAAAAAGAUUGAUUACAGGAAUGAAUGAGAGGGUGUUUUAUCCAUCCAUUUCUUGUGAUGGUACAGUUGGUGUUUUUACCGUAGGAACUGGUAAAGGGUGCAUGUUGAAGAAACUGCUCUUUGGUUUACUAUAGGGAUGAUUGUGUGUUUAAUGUACGUGGGGCAGGUCACACUUGGCCAGAGGAAGGGACUGAGAACAACAACAACAACAACAACAACAACAACAACAAAAAAAUGCCUGAAACAAAAAUUGCAACCAGUCUUGUUUUUUAAGAUGAAGGGACAAACAUACCAGUAUUUGUGUGUGUGUGUGUGAGUGUGUGAGUGUGUGAGUGUGUGAGUGUGUGAGUGAGUGAGUGAGUGAAAGAAAGAGAGAUGGCGAGGCAGAUAAAGAGAAGGAAAGGAAGUUACUUCAACCUAGACCUGUUUGUCGAGAGAUUUUUGGCUGUUUGCAUUUCAACCAAAAGGCAAAAAAACAUUACUAUGCUCUUACACUACAAGCUCCUUAAACAAUGCAUACACUAUUAUUACAGCAGCACCGUCUGAUAGACUACUCAAGCCAAACAUGACAAAAAAUAAAAUA